UAAUUUAUCUUUUUAGAUUUUAUUUUCAGGUACAAACAAUCAUUCUUUUGGUGUGUGCACAAUCGGGAACAAGAGGUAAGUCGCUAAACAAGUUGUGUGCAUAAUAUUUCAAGAUGUUUCCUUUUGGGAACAACACAUAUGGUUCACAAGACCGUACAUUUUAUGGUGAGCAAUUUAAUUCUCAUUCUUAUGACUUCCAACCAUACUUGGGAUAUAAUCAAAACCAAUCUUUUGGAUAUGAUGAACGAUCACAAGGUUGCGAGGAUAGUUGUACUUUUAAUCAGUUUAAUUAUAGACAUGUGCAGAUGCUCGAUCACAUUCUAUAUGAGCUAAAGGCAGUAUAACAACUUGGUAGACAACCAAUCGGACCUUGUUUCAAUAAGUCUAGCCCAACUCUGGAUCAUAUUUAUGAUGAUUCACCCAUUUAAAGGGAUGAGACUUGGGGAUGGAAACUAUGAAAUUGCAAACACUUCAAACAACACAAAAAUUUUGUGAAUUUCAGCUGAGUUACAAUGAAUCACUCCAAGAACUUCAACGGAAUAUAGACAACAUCAGAAGUGGCACGAAUCAAAUUCAAGAAGAAUGGAACAAGGAAGAGGUUCAAACUCAUUCUAAUAUUCCCAUGGAAGCCAAUAUAGAGUAUGAUGAAUCCGAAGAAGACGAAUGCUUUAAUGUUGAUAAUGAAGGUGUAACUAGCUCAACUCUUGAUCGUGAUAAUGAUCAUUCGCCUAUUCAAAAGGAAGAAGUUGAGUCUAGAAACACUAAAGUUAUUAAUGGUAAGACUUAUGUUGUGUAUGAGAGCGAUGAUGAUUAUGACUUCUUUGUGAAUAACACCCGUAUUUCAGAGAUUGCAUAUACUUUGAAUGAGAAGUCAACUUGUGAUGAAGACCGUAAGGAUUACGAUGACUUACUUGGAGCAGAUUUUGAUUCCGAUGACGAAGAUUUGGAAGUUAUACAAGAAACUGAUGAAGAAUGGCUCGUAAAGAGUUUGAAUGAGAAUUGCGAUACUUGUGAUAUAGGAGAAUCAAUGGACUUUUUCAGAAAUACCGAGGAUCCCAAAAUGCGUGAGAUUAUGGAAGGUUUGUCUAACCCUUUACAUGAAUCUUUAUCUAAUGAUGAUCCUCCCAAACUUGAAGUAGUUUCUCAAAGAGUUGGGAAUCCAUGUUUUAGGAAAAUACCUCAUUUGAGGCUAGAAUUAUGUGCUUCUAAAGUUUUUUCUGUUUUUCUUACUUCCAAGUAUCCACCAUCAUAUGUGUUUGAGUCUAACACCAUGUAGGUUUGCCAAGAGGAACCGAUCGAAGUGCCUUCCACUUAUGUUUUGUAUACACUUCCAAGUGUAAAAAGAACUAAGUGUGAGGGUGACUCUCGUGGGAUGAUAGUUUUAUUUUACCCACAAUACGCUAACACUCUUGUGAAGCUUUUUCUAUAUAUGCAGAUUUUUUUGUGGGUGGAUCCUCGAAUUUUCAGAUUGUUGAUAUAUGGGGAGUCUUUUGAAUGUUUCUGGUAUGCGUCAAUCAGGUGAACAAUUCCAAUUCUUACUUCCUUGUCUUUUUCAAGUAUUCCUCUUAUUCUUUUUGAAAUUGUUUGAAACAAUGAGGACAAUGUUUGAUUUAAGUGCGGUGAUAGGGUAUAAUAUGAACAAAAAAAUUGACGUAUACAAAACUCAAACUUGUAGAGAUUUUUGAAAAUUUAGAAUAAACACUAGCCUUUCUAAGUAGAUGGAAUUUUUUCUUGACG